UAAUCAUAUAUCUAGGGAGAACUUAACCUAGUACUCGUGGCGACAAUUUAGUACUUGUGUACAUUCUGCCUAAAAAUUCGUAAAAUACUUUCCUAAAAUUUGCGUUCGGCAUAUCUCUAUCUUAUCCCGGGGAUUAAGUGAGAAUUUAUUUCGCGUUCGAUCGCAUACGCAUACAGUUCCGUUAGGUUCGUUGCGAGAGUGACGCGAACGCCAUGUUCUGCCAUGUUCCUUGUGUUGAGUAACGAAUCUCCGGGCAGAGCCAAAAUGGCCGGCAGAGUAUUUGCCUUGGUAUUGUACAACGCGGUUUAAUUUCGAGUGUGGUUUCCCGUAUUUCUCAUAAGAAUUAAGCGCGUGUAUAAUGGACUGUGAGAACGUCUCCUGUGUACUCGUCGCGAUAACGUAAACUUCGAAACGGAGGUGAUUCUCAAAUAAGCUGGAAUCUUUCGAGCGUACUAAUAUGGCGAGUCCUUCGCCACAAUCCUCUCCUAUGCCGCCGCCACAAGCUCCUAGUCCAAUGGGUCCUCCUCAACAAGCACCGUCUCCAUCUAAUGCACAGGGCAGUCCAAUGGGACCUCCACAGCUUCAUCCUCAUAGCCCAACGCAAGGCUACCAAGGUCCACCUAUACCACCAGGAGGACCACCUAUGUCGCAGCCACCGCAACAACCGCCACCUCAAAAUUACCCGCCUCAUCCACAACAAAUGCCACCUAAUAUGGGUCCACAGAAUCAAGGUCCAGGUGGACCAGUUGGACAAGUACCUACCUCUCAGCAAGGUCCUGGAGGACCAAUGGUACCUGGUCAGAUGGGUCCAAAUGGAUCACAAAGUGGACCUCAUAUGAUGCAAACUGGUCCCAAUCAGAUGGGCUCUAACGGACCUGGACAGAUAGGUCCUGGCGGACCUGGACAAAUGGGACCUACUGGACCUGGUCAGAUGGGUCCGGGAGGGCAGAUGGGACCAGGUGGUCCUGGACAGAUGGGUGGUCCAGGAGGUCCUGGACAAAUGGCUCCAUCUCAUAUGGUACAAGGAGGUCCUCCUGGCGGACCUCACAUGGGUCAACCUGGACCAGGACAAAUGGGUCCAGGUAGCGGGCCCGUUCCAGGUCCUCAAGGCUCGCAAAUGGUUCCCGGGGGACCCGGACAUAUGACUGGGCCUCCAAGUCAUAUGAAUGCAAGUGGUCCACCAGGACCAGGUCACAUAACUUCCGGUGGUCCUUCUGGACACAUGAGUGCUACGGGAUCACCAGUAACAGGACACAUGAAUGCCAGCGGCCCACCUGGACCUGGACAUAUGAACGCGAGCGGCCCUCCUGGACCAGGUCAUAUGAAUGCGAGCGGUCCUCCUGGACCAGGUGGUCAUAUGAACACUGGUCCUCCUAUUCCAAGUCACAUGAAUGCAAGUGGACCACCUGUAUCUACACACAUGAAUGCUACUGGUCCCGGAAGUCAUAUGGGUCCUGGGGGUCCCGGUCAGAUGCCUACAAGUGGACCGGGUCACAAUAUGGGUCCGGGAGGUCCGAAUCAAAUGGGUCCUGGUGGCCCUAAUCAGAUGAUACCAAGCAAUCAACCACAAAUGGGACCUGGUGGACCAGUAGGGCCAGUUGGACCAACAGGGCAGAUUGGACCGAACGGACCUGGUCAAAUGGGUCAUAAUGGGCCAUCGCAGAUGGGUCCAAAUGGACCUACGCAGAUGGGCAUAGGCGGUCCACCCGGACAAAUGGGUAUGAGUGCUCCAGGCGGACAGAUGGGUGGACCAGGGAAUCAAAUGGGACCUACUGGACCAGGCAAUCAGAUGGGCCCAGGUGCACCAGGUAAUCAAAUGGGACCUUCUGGUCCAGGUGGACAAAUGGGACCUGGAGGUGGUCCCGUAGGACAGUUGGGUCCAAAUGGUCUUGGUCAAAUGGGUCCGGGAAGUGGUCCAGGAAGCGUACCAAUGACUACGAGUAGCGGACCUGUUAUUGUUUCUAUGGGUCCGGGAAGUGGACCUAAUGGACCAACUGGAGUAGGUGUACCGAGUGGGCCUGGCGGACAGAUGAGUACUGGCAGUGGCCCAGGCAUACCAAUGGGCUCAGCUGGUCCUGGAGGUAACUCUGGAGCACAAAUGGGACCAGGCAACGGUCCUGGAGCGCAAAUGAAUUCUGGCAAUGGACCUGGCGGUCAAAUGGCACCCGGAGCUGGACCAGGUGGACAAAUGGGGCCAGGCGGUGGACAGAUGGGGCACGGUGCUAGUGGACCAGGAGGUCAAAUGGGACCUGGAAGUGGACCAGGACCGAUGGGGCCAGGAAGUAGUCCUGCCGGUCAGAUAGGACCAGGUGGGCAAAUUCCAUCUGCGGGCCCAGGCCAAAUUAUGCAAAGUUUAGGUGCUCAGAUGGGUCCAAAUGCUCCGAGUAAUCAAAUGGGACCCGGAGGACCGAAUAGUCAAAUGGGAUCUUGCGGUCCAAAUAGUCAAAUUACCCAUGCGAAUGCGAGCGGACAGAUGGGACCUAACGGACCGACCGGUCAGUCUCCUAUUACUCAGUUAGGUCCUGGUAGCCAAAAUCAAGGUCAAGUUCCCGGUGGCACAGGACCUAUAGGCUCAGGUGCACCGGUAAAUCAGAUGAGUCAAACUGGAAGUGGACAGAUUGGUCCCGCCGGACCUCCUACAGGACCUCCCGGACCCGGACAAGAGAAUCUGAAUGCGCUCCAGAAAGCAAUUGAUUCUAUGGAAGAAAAAGGACUACAGGAAGAUCCACGUUAUUCUCAGUUGUUAGCAUUAAGAGCUCGUCAAGGUAGUGGCAUGGGCGAGAAGCAAGCCUUUAAUUCACAGCAAUUGCAGCAGUUACGAGCUCAGAUUAUGGCGUAUAGAUUGCUAGCGAGAAAUCAACCAGUACCUCAACAAGUUGCUCUAGCUGCACAGGGUGGAGCUCCUCCUCCUCCAGGGCUGGGUCAACGCCCUAUAGAUCCGUCUCAAGGUCCUGCUACAACUGCUGGUCCACAAAUACCAGGUCCGAAUGUUAUUGGUCCCGCAGGUGCUCCUAGACCAGGUUGUCAAACACCACAACAACAACAGCAGCAACCUCAACCCGGGACCAAGACUAAUAGAGUGACGAGUGUAGCUAAACCCGUUGGAUUAGAUCCAUUGCUAAUAUUACAGGAACGAGAGAACAGGGUCGCAGCUCGUAUAUCACUUAGGAUGGAGCAACUUAGCAAUCUACCCACGAAUAUGCCUGAAGAUCUUCGUAUACAGGCUCAGAUCGAGUUGCGCAUGCUGAGAGUGCUGAACUUCCAGAGACAACUGAGAUCAGAGAUCAUUGCGUGCACCCGAAAAGACACAACCUUAGAAACUGCAGUGAAUGUAAAAGCUUACAAACGUACGAAACGGCAAGGAUUACGCGAAGCUAGGGCUACCGAAAAAUUAGAGAAGCAACAGAAAUUAGAAGCAGAGCGUAAACGAAGACAGAAACAUCAAGAAUUUCUCAGUUCGGUGUUACAACAUGGCAAAGAUUUCAAAGAAUUUCAUCGCAAUAAUAUCGCCAAACUGGCUAGACUUAACAAGGCAGUGCUUAACUAUCACGCAAAUGCUGAGCGGGAACAGAAGAAGGAACAGGAACGAAUCGAGAAGGAACGUAUGCGUCGUCUUAUGGCAGAAGACGAAGAGGGAUACAGAAAACUCAUAGAUCAGAAGAAAGACAAACGUUUAGCGUUCCUGUUGUCGCAAACCGAUGAAUAUAUCAGCAAUCUUACAGAAAUGGUUAAGCAACACAAAAUAGAACAAAAGAGGAAGCAAGUUGAAGAGCAGAAGCGCAAGAAGAAAAAGAAGAAGUUACAAGAUAGUGAGAAUGCUGAGGAUGGCGCAGUCAACGAUGAUACUCGCGUUGGUGUAAUAGAAAUAGCCACCGGUCGCACAUUAAUUGGUGACGAGGCGCCAUUAAUGAGUCAGUUAUCAGCAUUUUUGGAGGCUCAUCCAGGCUGGGAACCAAUCGAGUCAGAAAGUGAAGAAGAAAGUGAUGAUGAUGAUGAGAGCGAAGAUAAAUCUGACAGCAAAGAUAAAUCCAUGGGCGAUUCUGAAGAAGAUAAAGUUAAGAAAACGAUACACAAGGCAAAAGUGGAAGAUGACGAGUAUAAAACGGAGGAACAGACGUACUACAGCAUUGCUCAUACUGUUCACGAGGUGGUUACGGAACAAGCAAGCAUUAUGGUGAAUGGACUACUAAAAGAAUAUCAAACUAAGGGCUUGGAGUGGUUGGUGUCAUUAUUUAACAAUAAUCUGAACGGUAUUUUGGCCGACGAGAUGGGCCUCGGUAAAACGAUUCAGACCAUCGCUCUCGUAACGUAUCUCAUGGAAAAGAAGAAAGUCAACGGCCCAUUCCUUAUUAUUGUUCCGUUAUCCACACUGUCAAAUUGGGUUCUUGAAUUCGAAAAGUGGGCACCGAGCGUUGUCGUGGUAUCGUACAAGGGUUCUCCAGCUGGUAGAAGAGCGAUACAAUCUCAAAUGCGAGCUACGAAGUUUAACGUUUUAUUAACAACUUACGAAUACGUUAUAAAGGAUAAGGGUGUGUUAGCUAAAUUACAAUGGAAGUACAUGAUUAUCGACGAGGGCCACAGGAUGAAAAAUCAUCACUGCAAGCUUACUCAAGUGUUAAACACGCAUUAUUUGGCUCCUCAUCGACUGCUGUUGACCGGCACACCGUUGCAAAACAAAUUGCCAGAGUUGUGGGCUCUAUUGAAUUUCUUAUUGCCAUCAAUCUUCAAAUCCUGUAGUACAUUUGAACAGUGGUUCAAUGCUCCUUUUGCGACUACUGGUGAAAAAGUGGAACUUAACGAGGAAGAAACCAUUUUGAUUAUUCGCCGUUUGCACAAAGUCUUGCGGCCUUUCCUGUUGCGGCGCCUGAAGAAAGAAGUAGAAUCACAAUUGCCCGACAAGGUGGAAUACAUUAUCAAGUGCGACAUGUCCGGCCUGCAGAAAGUUCUUUACAAACAUAUGCAGAGCAAGGGUGUACUGCUCACCGAUGGGUCGGAAAAGGGCAAGCAAGGCAAAGGCGGUGCCAAAGCUCUCAUGAACACCAUCGUACAACUGAGAAAGUUGUGCAAUCAUCCAUUCAUGUUCCAAGCUAUAGAAGAAAAGUACUGCGAGCACGUGGGCACGCAAGGUUCCGGCGUUAUCACCGGGCCCGAUCUGUAUCGUGCGUCCGGCAAGUUCGAACUUCUCGAUCGUAUUCUUCCCAAGCUGAAGGCUACGAAUCAUCGAGUGUUAUUGUUCUGUCAAAUGACUCAGCUAAUGACAAUUAUGGAGGAUUACUUGAGUUGGCGGGGAUUCAUGUAUCUGCGACUGGACGGUACAACAAAAGCAGAGGACAGAGGGGACUUGUUAAAGAAAUUUAACGAUCCCGGAUCGGAGUAUUUCCUCUUCCUGCUGUCCACGCGUGCCGGUGGUCUCGGUUUGAAUCUUCAGGCUGCCGAUACGGUCAUUAUCUUUGAUUCCGAUUGGAAUCCUCAUCAGGACUUGCAAGCUCAAGAUAGAGCGCACAGAAUCGGACAGAAGAACGAGGUGCGCGUACUACGAUUAAUGACUGUUAAUUCCGUUGAGGAACGGAUAUUAGCAGCGGCUAGAUAUAAAUUAAAUAUGGAUGAGAAAGUUAUCCAAGCUGGUAUGUUCGAUCAAAAGUCUACGGGCUCCGAACGGCAGCAGUUUCUUCAGAGCAUCUUGCAUCAAGACGAUGCUGAUGACGAAGAAGAGAAUGAAGUGCCGGAUGACGAGACUGUGAACCAAAUGAUUGCUAGGACAGAAGGCGAGUUCGAGAUAUUCCAGAAAUUAGAUUUGGAACGGCGACGCGAGGAGGCGAAGCUGGGUCCAAAUCGCAAAUCACGGCUGUUGGAGGAAGCCGAGUUGCCUGACUGGUUGGUCAAGGAUGACGAUGAAGUGGAAAGAUGGACGUACGAGGAGGACGAGGACAGAUUCCUUGGUAGAGGUUCGAGACAACGUAAAGAAGUCGAUUACACGGACAGUUUAACCGAAAAGGAAUGGUUAAAGGCGAUUGACGAUGACGGCGCCGAGUACGAGGAGGAAGAGGAGGACGAUAAGAAGAAGAAAAAGACGCGGAAGCGAAAAAAGAAGGGCGAGGAGGAUGACGAACCUAUGCCAAAGAAACGAAGAGGUGCCGGAGCUCUGGUCGAUCCCAAAAUGAAGCGAGCUAUGAAGAAAUUAAUCACCUUGGUUGUCAACUAUACGGAUAGCAGUGACGGCCGAUUAUUGAGCGAACCUUUCAUGAAGUUACCCUCUCGAAGAGAACUGCCAGACUAUUAUGAAAUUAUUAAGAAACCUUUGACCAUUAAUAAGUUAUCGCAGAAGAUCGAGGAAGGCAAAUACGCGGAUUUGGAUGAACUUGAGAAGGAUUUCAUGCAACUCUGUAAGAAUGCUCAAAUUUAUAACGAAGAAGCAUCCCUCAUUCAUGAAGACUCGAUAGUGUUGCAAUCCGUUUUUACAAAUGCACGUCAACGUCUUGAAGAAGAGGGAAACAAUUCCGAUGGCGACGACAAAGAUGGGGAAGAGGGCUCAGACGCAGAUUCCAGUGUAAGAAUGAAAAUUAAAUUGAAGGGAAGGAAGGGCGAGGGAAGAGGCGGUCGUAGAAAGAGAGUUACUAAGAAGUAUAUAUCGGAUGAUGACGAUGACGCUGACGAUAAUUAACAAGUGUAAUGAUAAUUUUGGAAAUUGGUGUGAAUGAACCGAGAAAUAUAUACGAAGUUUAGAUAGCUGUCUGCGAUUAUCUUAAAUUACAUUAUCAUGUGCUGACUAGAGUAUAGCGGAAUCUUAUAAGAGUACAACUACAUUUACAAAUUGACUGGGGCAGGAAAGUAUAUGCUGCUACACCAUUAAGUUAUGAUUCUGAUAAAUUUAUUGGCAAGUAUUCGACGUUAUAUACACGUUCAUAUAUAGAGAUAUAGCUAGAUAUAUACAUAGGAGUACACGUAACAUUGAAUUAACCUUGAACGAAUUUGCGAAUAGCGGACAAUUACACUGUACUGUACAGAAGAGAAACUAAGAGUUAAGAUUUAUUACUCCGGCUAUUGUUUCAUUAAUCUCACUUUACGAUAAAAUUCAAUUCUAUUCUGUUUGAGCUCCGAUCACUAUUAUGUCUUGCUCGAGUGCAUGGUUAUUGACGAAUUAUGGAGAUGUAGCAUAUAUAGACAUCUGAGUUACUCUUUGCCUCGCCGCGACUGUAUAAUAAAUUAUGUUAGAUUUCUACGAAUGAUUAUACAGAUGAUAGAAAGAAACGUUUUGUUUGCUAAAGUAGUAUGAUGUGGUUAACUAUAAACGCAAUGAGAUAUUAUUCCAUUACUAAUAAACGGCUGCUAAUUACAAUAAUUUCUCAAUAGCAUGGACAUUUAUUAUCAAUCAAGCAAUUUUACUUCUCAAAAUUUAUUAUUGCGGUAUACAAUAGUACAUUUACAAAUAAGAAUGUUAUAAAGUUUCUCUUUAUAGAUAUAAAAUAUGUUAAUGUACGCCGUAUUUUUAACGUACUAUAACAAUUGCAACUCUUUCAAUAAAUUGGCAGAUAUGCAAUUUUUGCAAUUGUUACGAUACAUAAUUAAAGUUUUGUAUAAUAAGUGAUCAUAUGUAUCCAGUUUUCUGAUAUAAUCUCCAAUAUCAUGAUAUAUUUAUAGUUUAUUUCAAUUCUUUGUUUUCUGGACACAUGAAAAAAUAUAUGCCAUUAAAUUUAUGCAACAGAUCAUAAUUUCUUGAAGCUUCUAUGUGCGUAAAUAUGUAAUAUAUAAUUGGAAAGUAUUUAUAUAUAAAUAUACAGCGUAAUCAACUUUACGAAGCAUAAGUAAAAAUAACGCAUAGAUGAGAUAAGUUAACGGAAAAAAACGGAAGAAAUCUCUUUGCAAGUUAUUUUAAGAUGUUUAUUAUAAUUUUUCCUUGUGUAAAAUAAUUUUCUCAAAAUAAAUAUUACAAUCUUUAUGUAA